CUCCGUCUUCCACUCACAAAAAUCAAAAGGAUCAAACUCAUAUUGAAAAGCAAGAGAACAAGAAUUUCCAAGGAAAUCUUGUGUACACUUACGAGAAUGCCAAGACCAGGUAUGCUUUGGAAACAAGCUUGUGAACAUCUGCACGAUCCAACAGUUACCGAAAAAGUGGACAGAACAUUAAAUGGCAAUGGCAUGAUGUCGCCAAGAGAUAUAAAUAAUAAGAAAUGUGCUCGUGAUGCACGAAAAAGAAUUUAA